CCCGACACAAACUAUCCAUUUCCGCUCUUCAAUUCUCAUCCUCUGCAUCCUAGUCUCACAGCUGUGAUUGUAGGUCACUUGGAUUUGAAAAUACACAAUGGUUUCGUUUGAGAUGGACGACCGUAAAAAGAUUGGGGUAGGAUUGACAGGAUUUGGCAUAUUUUUUUCAUUCUUGGGAAUCAUUUUCUUCUUUGAUAAGGGCCUACUUGCCAUGGGAAAUAUCCUCUUCUUGUCAGGGGUGACGUUAACCAUUGGGCUAAAGUCCUCCAUGCAGUUCUUUAUGAAACCUAACAAUUUUAAGGGAACAAUUUCUUUUGGUGCGGGCUUCUUCUUGGUGGUCAUAGGGUGGCCUAUAUUGGGAAUGAUCUUGGAGGCCUAUGGGUUCAUCGUACUCUUCAGUGGCUUCUGGCCAACACUGGCAGUUUUCCUACAGAAGAUACCUGUUCUUGGUUGGGUGUUCCAACAGCCAUAUAUUAGAUCGUUCUUUGACAGUUAUGGUGGAAAACGGGUUCCAGUGUAAUUUUGGUCUAGGAAAGGGGAGGAAAGCUGCCCUAGUUGGCUCCCUUGUAAGUGUUGUAGAAUACUAUCUAAUCAAAUGAUUCUAUUCUUGGAGUGACAUUGUGAAGUCAGUUGUUGAUAUGCAGAUGAUGAAUCUUAGUAGUAAAUUCUGCAGAUUUUUUUGGGCUUAUUUCUCUUUAUGCCUGCAAAAUCAUUUCUAAUAGGGAACUUACUGCUUCUUGAAUGUUUACACAUUUACUAUUAGUAUGGGAUUAUCCAUCCAUGGUGAUGGCCAUUGAAUCUUCCUCGACUAUAACCAGACUAGGUGAGUACAAGAUUUUCAUGUCAAAUUUGUGACCAUUGUACUUUCAUGGGCCAUCUUAAUUUUGUUAGUCAGAUCUGAUGAGUGAAAUCCUGAAAUGUGGAGCAUAAAGAUACAGGUAAAUUGAAUAAUCUGACAUUACCCAAUUGGUGGGUGAAGCCUGAGGCUGUGAUGACCACUGCAGGAGCUGCUAUUAUUUUGGCUUUAUUUUUGUAUUCUUUUCUUGUUUGAGCAAUGUUUAUACAUCAAGAAGCUCGACCUACUUUGUUCUUUUCAAUUUCUUUGAACAAUAGUAAAGAAAUUAUUUUCUUCUUUGUUUCGUGGUAUUCGUGCAAUAGUAAAGUUUGUGUUGAGUUCUAUUUGCAGAAACGACAUCUAUAUUCCUUUAUUAAUUCGAAUUUUCAUGAUUAUUGUGUUUAUGUAUCAAUAUGUAUAGCCAAAACGGUUGGUUCUACUUAUCAGAGAACAUUUGCCUUGUAGAGGGUAUCG